AUGACGACAACAGCCACGACGCUCAAGGGUCAGCCCCUCGACAAGCCCGUCCUCGACGCCAUGCUGAGGCGGCGCAUGUUUUACACCCCUUCGUUCGAAAUCUACGGCGGUGUUGGCGGUCUAUACGACUAUGGUCCUCCUGGCUGCUCGCUGCAGGCCAACAUUGUUGAUUUGUGGCGCAAGCACUUCAUUCUGGAAGAGGACAUGCUCGAGGUGGACUGCACCGUCCUGACUCCUCACGACGUUCUCAAGACCAGUGGCCAUGUCGACAAGUUCGCCGACUGGAUGUGCAAAGACCCCAAGAAUGGCGAGAUUCUGCGAGCCGACCACUUUGUCGAGGCGGUUCUCGAGGCCAGACUGAACGGUGACAAGGAGGCUCGUGGUCAGAAAGUGGAGGAGCAGGACGACCCCAAGAAGAAGAAGAAGAAGAAGGCCAAGUCGGAGGCUGUCAAGCUUGAGGAUGCGGUAGUCAAGGAAUACGAAGAGGUCCUGGCCAGAAUUGACAACUAUGACGGUCCUCAGCUCGGCCAGCUGAUCAAAAAGUACGAUCUCAAGAACCCAGCGACCGGCGUCCUUCCGUCAGAUCCAGUUGCCUUCAACCUCAUGUUUCAGACCUCCAUCGGCCCCAGCAGCAACCUUCCCGGCUAUCUGCGUCCCGAGACGGCCCAGGGUCAGUUCCUAAACUUUGCCAAGCUUCUCGAGUUCAACCAGGGCCAGAUGCCCUUCGCCUCAGCUUCCAUCGGCAAGUCGUACAGGAACGAGAUUUCCCCCCGCGCCGGCCUUCUUCGAGUACGAGAGUUUCUCAUGGCCGAGAUUGAGCACUUUGUCGACCCUCAGGGUGGCAAGAGGCACCAUCGCUUCCACGAGGUGGCGCACGUCGAGCUGGUGCUGCUGGAUCGGGAUACUCAGCUUUCUGGCAAAACCAGCACCAGGAAGGUGGCCAUUGGCGAGGCGGUCAAGGAUGGCCUGGUUGACAACGAGACGCUUGGCUACUUUCUUGCCAGGAUCCAUCUCUUCCUAGAAAAGAUUGGGGUUGACUUGUCAAAGAUGCGUUUCCGUCAGCACAUGGCCAACGAGAUGGCCCACUACGCCUGCGACUGCUGGGAUGCAGAGCUGCUCACCAGCUCGGGCUGGGUCGAGUGCGUUGGCUGCGCCGACCGAAGUGCGUACGAUUUGUCCGUCCACGCGAAAAAGACUGGCGCCCCCCUGGUUGUCCGAGAGCGUCUCGAGGAGCCCCUCGUGAUUGAGGAGUGGCAGGUUGAUAUCGAGAAGAAAAAGUUUGGACCUCUGUUCAAGAAGGACGCCAAGGCUGUUGAGGCAGCCCUGCUCGCCACGUCCCAGGAUCAACGAGAGAAGCUGGCGAAGCAGCUCACCGACACUGGCAAGACGACCCUGGAGGUUGCCGGAGCUGGCAACGGCACGGUCGAAGUUGGCAGCGACACUGUCAAGAUUGAGUUCCGCAAGCGAGUCGAGAAUACGAGAGAAUUCACCCCCAACGUCAUCGAGCCUUCAUUCGGCAUCGGCCGCAUCCUGUACUCUCUGGUUGAGCACAACUUCUGGACCCGUGGCAGCGACGGUGGUGACGAGGCCCGCGGCGUACUAUCGUUCCCCCCCACCGUGGCCCCUACCAAGGUGCUCAUUGUUCCUCUCUCGUCCAAUGCCCAGUUCAGACCACACAUCAAGAAGCUCUCUCAGCAGCUUCGAAGCAUGGGCAUCUCCAACCGCAUCGAUGACUCAUCGGCCAGUAUCGGUAAGCGAUACAGCAGAAACGACGAACUCGGCACGCCCCUCGGCAUCACUGUCGACUUCCAGACUCUACAAGACGGCACCGUCACCUUGAGAGACCGUGAUUCUACCACGCAGGUCCGGGCGGAAGAGUCCAAGAUUUUGGAUGCCGUCAGAGAGCUAGUCGGCGGGUCAAAGAAGUGGGAGCAAGUGACAUCUGAGCUGCCCAAGUUUGAAGGCCAAGAGAUUGAAGUUGCUUGUCGUUGA